UGGCGAGGAAGAUGCAGAUAGACUGUGGCUAAUGUUGACGCUCAAAUUAGGCCACCACCACGGUGAACUGAAGGAAAGGCAGACCGCGCUCAGGCUAACCGGCUAACCUCUCACAACUCCACAGACCUCUCUGCCACCAGACCACUACAUUACCCACGUGCCUCAGGUGGGCCGCUGUGUCCCAGCCCGGUCAGUGGACACUGGCUGUAGCAGGGACUCUUAACUCUGCUGGUUCCUCUGUCAUGGCAUCUAACAGCAUCUUUGACUCCUUCUCCAACUACAGCAGCAGUCUUCUCCGAGAGCCGCCCACCACCAGACGGUUCACGCCGCCCUCCACGUCCUUUCCCUGCAGUAAGAUUGGAGACGGAAACGGGACCAUGACCACCCCGGGGUCGCUGAGGUCUAGACAGGACACCAGAAACGUGGUGGACGUCCUAGCUGACCACGCUGGAGAACUGGUCCGGACUGACAGCCCCAACUUCCUCUGCUCCGUCCUGCCAUCUCACUGGAGGUGCAACAAAACUCUUCCAGUGGCAUUCAAGGUUGUGGCUCUCGGUGACGUGCCCGAUGGGACGCUGGUCACCGUGAUGGCCGGGAACGAUGAAAACUACUCUGCUGAGUUGAGGAAUGCCUCCGCCGUGAUGAAGAACCAAGUGGCCCGUUUCAAUGACUUGCGUUUUGUGGGGAGGAGCGGCCGAGGGAAGAGCUUCACCCUGACCAUCACUGUGUUCACUGGACCGCCACAAGUGGCCACGUACCACCGCGCCAUUAAAGUCACCGUGGAUGGACCUCGUGAGCCACGCAGACACAGAGUGAAAAUGGAGGACCCUCAGAAGAUGCAAUUCUCUGACAGACUGUCAGAGAUUGAGCGUUACCAGCGCACUAUGAGGAUAAGCUCAGUGAACAAUAACCGCUCCAUCCAUCAAACCCACCUCAGCACUCCACAAGCUGCUCUCUGGCCAGAGCAAAUGGACACUCCAGCUCUUAAGACGUGUAAGGUAGAAGAGGAUUUAAGACCCUGGGCAGGUACUACAGAUCUUUUUCCACAGAGGACCACCUUCCCAUCAUUGUCACCACUGACUGACCCUCGCUUCUCAGAUCCACGCAUGCACUACCCAGGGGCCUUUCCCUACUCCACUAACACAUCUAGUACAGGCAUCGGUGGCCUCAGCAUGCCAGCCUCUUCUCGAUACCACACCUACCUACCACCACCAUACUCAAAUAAUCAGACCCAAAACUUCCAGUCUAACUCAUACCUGUAUUACGGUACUGGCUCUGGCUCCUAUCAGUUCUCCAUGGUAGCACCUGGAAACGCCGGGGGUGAGCGGUCUCCCACUCGUCUGCUGUCCUGCUCGGGGGCUACAGGCGCCGGAGGGGCCAACAGUCUGAUGAACCCGGGGCUGACCAGUCAGAGUGAAGGUGUAGAAGCAGAUGGCAGCCACAGCAACUCCCCCACAGCCAUGAGUGCCUCGGGACGCCUGGACGAGUCUGUCUGGAGGCCAUACUGACUGAAAGCUUCAGGAUUUCAUGUCCAAGAGGGUGCUGAGCAAAACUGAACACUGAAGGACUAAAGUAUUGCUGCAUGGUUGCCUUUUAUUUUACCAGCACUUACUUUUCAUCUGCAUUUUAAUUUUUGAACUAAUGAUUUCUUUGGUACUUCCACAUAAACUCUUGGUACUAUGCAUUAUCAUUAUCAAAACAACAUAAGACCAUAUAGUCUAAGUGAAGUAAGGGCCAGCCUCAGAAAGUCAUAAAUGGAAGAACAAAUGUUGGCUGCACCAAUAGAAAUGAUGAUCUAAAACAUCAAAACACUUUCCUCCCACACAGGAGAAGAGUAGCAUGACUGCUCCAGCAACGUUCCACAGUCUGGCCAUACUGCUGUAGCAAAAGGUCCUUUUACGUUUCGAUUUCUGUUUGAAACAAAACGCUCGUGUGUCAGUUUUGUCAGGAUUUUAUUGCUCAUAGUCCUUUGUGACAAUUAAUUUAUUAUUCAGUAAAUGAAACAACUGUGUUCGUCAAACAAUACAGAAGAAACUGCUGCAUCACAGACAUCUUGGAAGCCAUUUAAAAUUUGGUUUACUUGGUAAAAUAUUUUUGUUCCUAAUCUAUUCAAUUUUUGCAGGUUUUUAAACGAAUGUACAGAUCCAAUGUGUGCUUUUAUGUUUACCUUUUUGUAAUUAUUUUCACAUUUUAAAAAUGUCUUUACCUUUUUCAAUAUUUAUUUGAGCCAAACCUUGUGGAAAUGUUCACAUACGUAUAACCAACACAUUUAGGCAUUUGUGACAUUUUUCUCUCUAUAUUAAGUUUCUACCAAACUUUCUUGAACACAAAUUUGGAAUUGUGUAAUAUAUUUUAACUAAAUUAUAAAAUAGCAAAAAUAAUUAAUAUUUGUCCGUCAUUGCAGCUUCGAUGCACUAUUACCUACUCUCUUUGAAUGGGCUGUAUUACCUUAUGUCUUCUGAUCUUUCAAAAACUUUUAUAGAUGUGCAGUUUAUGCCAUAUGCUCAUUGUUUGCACUAUUUUAUUUUUAUGUAUCUUUGAGUACAGCUAUCAUUAUUAAGCUAAAUGUAAGCAUUCCUCCCCUUCAACCAGAACAAACGCUAUGAACAUUUAUGUGGAUAUUUCCCUUGUCCUGAGGUUGUUUGCCUUUAGUUAGAAGACAGCUAUCCCUGCAGGAAGACAUGUAGAUGAAGGGUUAGACAGAGAAGGUGGGAUUACAGUGGUGUCUUCUUACAAACACCAAGGGCAGUUAUGCUAAAGAAAAAGCUUGCCAAGUCCCUUUGUUCUUCGUAAUCAUCAGUGAGUUCUUUGAAGCUUUUAUGGUCCUAAUUCUGUCUUCUCAAGUCUAAUUUACUAGCCGCCAGUGCCACGGGCUCAUUGCUCUGCCAGAGGUUCAUUCUCCUACACAUAAAUUGCCCUGUAUUGUACAUGGGCUGGCUGUUACUUUGCCAAUGCCAAAAACUUUUUUCACAUAAGUUGGAUGAUUAGUAGUAAAGUCUUCACUUCAUUUAAGGGACUAGGUUUUGUUCAUAGCAUCCCAAAUUCUUACGAGAGCCAAAAGAUUUAUUUUCUACUAUUUAUAAUUAAGCUGCAGAAUAAAUGCAAAUUGAAGGAGACUGCCUGUAUUAUUCUUCUGCCUAAGUUUCAUUCCUGUUGCUUUUUUAUUGCAAACUAUGCUUUAUUUAUUAUGGGCAAAAAUCAUGCAGCUAGUGAAACCAUACUAAUAUUGUGUGGUUAUUCCAAAGAAAUCAAAGAGCUUUACAACUGCCUGUUUAAAUAAGUAUAAAGAAACUGCAACUGAUGUUUUUAAGAAGCCAAAAUGUACAAAUCUGUUGAAUGGUGUAUAUUAAGGAAAAAAAAAAAGACAAAAAUGACUUUUUUAACAAAACAAAUAUUUCAUCUCAUUCUAAUUGUCUUCAUACUCAAAGCAUGUGCAACAGAAAAGGUUAUUAAUUUAUGAUUUUUAUGUAUGUAUGCCUUGCCAUUAAAGCCUCCUGAGUGCUAAAAUAAUGUUUGCAGACUAUGUAAUUUUCAAUAAUUUGAAUAAAGAAAAAUCAUGCCAA